UUUAUCUGUUAUUAUAAUAAUGUGUUACAUUGUAUUGAUUGUGUUAACUGCGUUGGUUACCGUGGGACAGUGCGCCAGUUAUCCGUCUUUCCCCCCUGGAUUCAAGUUUGGGGUAGCCACAGCCGCUUACCAGGUCGAGGGAGCGUGGAACGUCAGUGAUAAGGGAGUCAGCAUAUGGGACAAGAUAACGCACGACAAAAGCCAUUUGAUAUUAGAUGGUUCAUCGGGAGAUGUCGCUUGUGACUCGUACCAUCUGUGGAAACGGGACCUUGAGAUGCUAACAGAACUUGGCGUGCAUUUUUAUAGGAUUUCAUUAUCCUGGCCCCGGUUACUGCCAACUGGCCAUCCGAAUCACAUCAGCGAAGACGGCAAAAGAUAUUACAAUGAGCUGAUCGAUGCCUUGCUCGAGAAGGGAAUAGAACCAGCAGUCACGAUCUACCACUGGGAUAUGCCGCAACACCUUCAAGAUCUUGGAGGCUGGACCAAUCCCCUCAUAGCCGACUGGCUGCUUGCAUACGCCAGAGUAGUAUUUACCUUGUUUGCUGAUAGAGUGAAGAUCUGGAUCACCAUCAACGAACCCGUAAUGAUUUGCGACUUGGGUUACGGUUUAGGAAAGCACGCGCCGAUGUUGAUGACUCCAAAUGACAUAGGAAGUUAUAUGUGUAAUAAAAAUCUACUCAUCGCUCACGCUAAGGUUUACAGGCUGUAUGAUGAGAAAUUUAGACCCAAAUAUCAUGGAAUGAUAUCAAUUGUAAAUCAUUUAGCAUGGCUAGAAGCAUUCACUGAUGACGAUUCAUACAUGACAUACUUGGCAAUGCAAAACACUGCAGGAAGAUACAGUCAUCCCAUCUACUCCAAAGAAGGUGGCUGGCCGCCAGAAGUGGAGAGGAUAGUGGCAAUAAACAGCGAAAGACAAGGAUACCCCAGGUCGAGGUUGCCCGCUUUCACCAGGCAAGAGAUUGAGCUAGUAAGAGGUACAUUCGACUUUUUCGGGCUAAACCAUUACACCAGCAGAGCUAUCCGAACUCUGGAUCCGAGCGAGAAAAGAGGUGCCCUCUCGUUCUUCGGCGAUGGUGAAUACAACUACACUAUCACUGAACGUCCCGGCUGGACAGUAGCCGGCAACGGAUGGCUUAUACCGUAUCCUGAAGGAUUCCGUUACCUUUUGAAGUGGAUCAAACAAGAGUACGGAGAUGUCAAAAUAUUGGUCACAGAAAACGGAUACAGUACAGAGGCUGUGAACUACAUCCAUGACGACGACAGACUCAAAUAUCACAAGGAUUAUAUUAACCAGAUGCUGCUAGCCAUUAAGGAGGAUGGUGUGAACGUCAUAGGUUACACCGCUUGGAGUUUGAUGGACAACUUUGAAUGGACAGACGGAUACAAAGCUAAAUUCGGCCUUUACGAAGUGAACUUCACGGAUCCUCGCCGCACACGAACCCCAAGGAAAUCAGCGAAGUUCUACGCGGAACUAAUCAAGCACCAGAGAUUUAUCGAGAUUGAUAGUGGAACGAGCAGUGCGCUUUACGCUUUAUCAAUUAUAAUGGUGGUGAUAAUCAUACUAGCGUCCAUUGCCGGCUAUUAUAUGUACAACAGAUCCAAGGCACGGCGGAGGAUGUACAUCAAGAAAGAAUUUGAGGCAGACUACGAACUGCUUAUGGCUGAAAAGCCCAUAAUCAAAGAGUGAUUUAUAAUAAA